AUGCGCAUCGACAGAGAAAUCCUUGGUAUUUUGGGCCAGCUUACCCUGGUGGUCGCUGGUUCUAUCAGUGCCGCGCUCUUCACCGAGCUCGAGGAGCUGGCGCGCAUUGUUGACAUCUCCUACUGCGUGGGCUCAACGAGCUUCGGCAUCUCCAAGCCAUUCAAUUGCCUGUCACGAUGCACUGACUUUCCGCAAUUCGAGCUGGCAACCACCUGGAACACCGGUCCUUUGCUCAGCGACUCGUGCGGAUACAUUGCUCUCGAUCAUGGCAAGAAGCGUGUCAUCGUCGCCUUUCGGGGCACAUACAGCAUCGCCAAUACCGUUGUGGAUCUGAGCACAGUCCCGCAAAAAUAUGUGCCAUAUCCAGGCGAAGAGGAUGGCAGCACUCUACAGCACGCAUCCCAAGACAUCACCAAAGGCAUUAGAGGACACGCUCCACGAGGGAUAAACGAGCCAAAGUGUCUAAAUUGCACAGUCCACAUGGGCUUUCAUUCAUCUUGGCUCAACACUCGCAACCAAAUCUUGCCAGACUUGCAGACCCAGCUAUCCACUCAUCCUCACUACAGACUGACGCUUGUCGGUCACUCCUUGGGAGGCGCAGUUGCUGCUCUUGCCGCUCUGGACCUGCUGGCUCGUGGCUAUGAUCCGGUCAUUACGACCUUCGGGGAGCCACGAGUUGGGAACGCUGGCCUCGCCAAGUAUCUUGACGAGCGCUUCAAUGUUGGUGGAAAGAUUCCCACAGAUGACACAAAACUGCGAUUUAGACGAGUGACACAUGUCGACGACCCAGUCCCGCUGCUCCCUCUGACCGAGUGGGGCUACACUAUGCACGCGGGCGAGAUAUUCAUCGCCAAGUCUGAUCUGUCACCAGACAUUGCAGACUUGCAGCAUUGUGAAGGUGACACGGAUGGCAAGUGCAUUGCUGGUCAGCAUUCGACCCCAUGGGGCAUUCCUUCGCGCUACAAGCUUUGGCAGCUCUUUUUCGCGCACCGUGACUACUUCUGGAGAUUGGGUCUCUGUGUUCCUGGCGGUGAUCCUCUGGGUGGUGGUGGCCAGUAUACGCACGAGAAAGAGGACCUGUGA